AUGGGAGUCAUCCAUGAUCUUAGCCAGAGCAUUUUUAGUGGGGUGAUGCUGUAUGGAAUUCAACUGGAAUGGGAGAUGAGGUGGGGCACCAGCAUUAAACCAGCUCUUCUGCUUCCACAACAGGAGGUUCUGGGGGAAGAGAAGCUGAAGGAGAUACUCAAGGAGCGGGAACUUAAAGUUUACUGGGGAACAGCAACCACAGGCAAGCCACAUGUGGCUUACUUCGUGCCUAUGUCUAAGAUUGCGGACUUCCUGAAAGCAGGAUGUGAGGUAACGAUUCUGUUUGCGGACCUUCACGCAUAUCUGGAUAACAUGAAAGCUCCAUGGGAACUUCUAGAACUCCGAACCAGCUACUAUGAGAAUGUGAUCAAGGCAAUGCUGGAGAGCAUUGGUGUACCCUUGGAAAAGCUCAAGUUUGUCAAAGGCACUGAUUACCAGCUUAGCAAAUGUGAAUGUAACCAAAACAAAGUCCUUGGCCUUGCAGAGCUCACAGCAUAUGGGAGAAUGAUGAUCAACAAUUCAGCUUCCGAGUCCAAGAUUGAUCUCCUUGACCGGAAGGAGGACGUGAAGAAAAAACUAAAGAAGGCCUUCUGUGAGCCAGGGAAUGUGGAGAACAAUGGAGUUCUGUCUUUCAUCAAGCAUGUCCUCUUUCCCCUCAAGUCCGAGUUUGUGAUCCUUCGAGAUGAGAAAUGGGGUGGAAACAAAACCUAUACCGCUUACUUGGACCUGGAAAAGGACUUUGCUGAUGAGGUUGUACACCCUGGAGACCUGAAGAAUUCUGUUGAGGUCGCCCUGAACAAGUUGCUGGAUCCUAUCCGGGAAAAGUUUAAUACUCCUGCACUGAAGAAAUUGACCAGCGCUGCCUACCCAGAGCCCUCCAAGCAGAAGCCAUUUGCCAAAGGCCCUGCCAAGAAUUCAGAACCAGAGGAAGUCAUCCCGUCCCGGCUGGAUAUCCGUGUGGGCAAAGUCAUUAGUGUGGACAAGCACCCCGACGCAGACAGCCUGUAUGUGGAGAAGGUUGAUGUGGGGGAGGCUGAGCCGCGGACUGUGGUGAGCGGCCUGGUGCAGUUUGUGCCCAAGGAGGAGCUGCAGGACCGGCUGGUGGUGGUGCUGUGCAAUCUGAAACCCCAGAAGAUGAGAGGCGUCGAGUCCCAAGGCAUGCUUCUGUGCGCUUCUACAGAGGGGGUAGACCGCAAGGUUGAGCCUCUGGACCCUCCUGCAGGCUCUGCUCCCGGUGAGCGAGUGUUCGUGAAGGGCUAUGAGAAGGGCCAACCAGAUGAAGAGCUCAAGCCCAAGAAGAAAGUCUUUGAGAAGUUGCAGGCUGACUUUAAAACCUCUGAGGACUGCAUCGCACAGUGGAAGCAAACUGACUUCAUGACCAAGCUGGGGUGCAUCUCCUGUAAAUCGCUGAAAGGGGGGAACAUCAGCUAGCUAUCCUGGCAUCCUGCUCCCUCCUCCCAUCCCGAGUCAUCUGCUGUCUCAGUUUGCUCCGUCCUUCACCCAUUUACCCAUCUCCCCAUCUCCCAGGACACCGAAGCAGGAAGUUGGGGACUUUAUUAGGGGUGGAACUCAGUAAGCGGCAGCUCAACCUCCCCAGAAUCCAGAACCAUCCUGUCGGGGCUGCUGGGCUACUACAGAGCCGCUGACUGCCCACCCCCCCGCCCCGCCCUGGGGUAGUAACGAGGGUGGGGCGGCAGCAGGGAGCCCAGCUCUACCUUCUCCCCCUGGCAGCUGACUGGAGAAAUCUGGUUGCAAUAUGACUCCUAGAAAAGGUUUAUGCCACAGCUCUUCUAAUUGGAAGAAUAUUGGUUCCCAUGUUUUCCUAGAGUUCUCCCAGCAGCUGUGCCUCUGUCUGGGAUCUGGUGCCUGAACUGAGCUAAUUACAGCCUUUCCCCAACAGGAAAUUGUGGGAUUUGAAAAGGAAAGGGAGGGGAAAACAGAGAACCUAGUGGUCUACCAAGUGGUGGGCAGCUUUCCCCAGUGCCUGCCAACCCUGAGGCCCAGCCCUGGGGCUCCUGCCGUUUCUUUCCCUUGAUCCUGCGGGGUUGGGACAUUCCCUAAACCAGCUGUGUGUUAAUAUCAGAAGUAAGGCAGAUGGCAGAGCCUGAAUCUUUCUUCAGAGAGGGUGGGGUACUUCUCCAUAAGGCAUCUUGAUCAGAAUCACUGUCACUGUCACGAAUUCAAAUAAACUGAACAAGAGUGUC